AUGACUCUUCACGAAGAUAAGUUAUCUUUCGCAGCUAUACGUGCAAAUCAAGCAAACCUUGCUGACCGACGAGUCCCUUGUGAACAAAACAUAACUCUCGAUCCAGAGAAGCGUAACGAUUGCUAUGGUGGCUUUCCUCAGCCGAAGCAAGUAGAAGAGAUGUCUAAUUCCGACUUUGUAGGAGGCUGUGUCUUUGAGAGACAGGAUUCGUUGGCUAGAGCCGCAACGCUUCAAGAGUGCGAUCGAUCAAGGGAUCCUGAAGGGAUUCUUAAUUUCCUCGAGACCACCAUGAACAUCGAUGAUUACUUGGAGGAUAUCACGGCAAUGACGGGUGUGCCUGCAGAUGAUCUCGAGUUGGACGACAUAGAGCUUCAAAAGUGUAACAUACUUUAUAAUGAAGGCAAAGGUGUGAAUUAUGAUGCAUAUGAUCCCUUCGCUCACACAGAACUUAUCAUGCGAGAACAAUUAAAUCCAGAAGCCUAUCUGAUUGACUCGGCAACACCUACUGCGACACCGAGUCCCGCCCUAGCAGAAAUUAAGAAGGAACCUGAGUGGGAAAAUAGUCGACAGUCUAACCCAACAACUCGUUCAUCAAAGAGAUCGACUCGAGCCGUACAACCUGUAGAACCUUACAUACCUACAACUACUGCUCGGAAGUAUCGACUCAAAAGCCCCCAAGAGCGGAACAACCUUUCCUACAAAGUUAAACGGCAAAGGAAUAAUGAUGCUGUUCGUAGAAGUCGUUCUAAGGCGAAGCAGUUGCAGUUAAUGAAAGAAAAACAGCUCGAAGAUGCUUUGACAGAAGUGACUGAACUGAGGGAGAAACUCCGUGCUGCCGAGGAGCGGCUUUCACGUUGCCGCUGCCGACAAUGA